UCUUCCAUCAGGUCCCUGGCAGAGUCCACUUAGGUGAGAUGUCAAUCUCAUUUGAGGGUUUUUGAGUCCUCAAAGAGUUUGAAAAUGAAGCAAGAAUCCUACUAGAAAUAGAGCAGGGCAAGCAGUAAUGCCUAUCCAUGGCAGAGCUCCUUGUGAACACUCUUGUGACCCUUCCAGGGAGGAGGGUCAGUACAAAGGAACUUCCAGUGUUUCUUUCAAAGCCAGGUUGCAAAUUCCAUUUCAAGCACAGAGGUUCGGGUAAGCGGAGGAUAAAUCCAAAUUGUGGGUCUGGAAGAAUUUCACAGCUAGAACAUUUACUCAUAUUUAUUUCCAUUUAAUCUUUGUGACAUCUCAAGCCCAAAGUCAUUGCUUCAAAUUCAAUAAGUGACCAUCAGAAGGACAAAGAUCACAAGUCAUUCUUAUCUAGCCAGCACACAAGGAGGUGUCUUUUCAAGUGUAACUCAUUAGUCAUUCUUAGGUGGAAUCAUCGGAGCUGGGUAUAAUUUCUUUUAUGAACCUAUGAAGCCACACCCUCCUCUGAGGACAGGUUAUAUAUUUGUACUUCCUCCACCCACUACAUUCUAUAUCAGUUGGGAGCCUGAGCAGCCUGGUAGCUCUGGGCUGCAGUCUUCAUGGCUCCUGCAAAUUUGUCUGCUCCCCUCCCCCUGUGUCUGUGUCUGCUGCUGGCAGCUGGCUUUGCCCAGGCAGGCAGGCUGCUGGUGGUGCCCAUGGAUGGGAGUCACUGGUUCACCAUGAGCUCAGUGGUGGAGAAACUCGUCCAGAGAGGGAAUGAGGUGGUUGUUGUUAUGCCGGAGGUGAGUUGGCAACUGGGAAAAUCACUGAAUUUCACAGUAAAGACUUACUCAACUUCUUACACUCUGGAAGACUGGGACCGGGAAUUCAAGAAGUUUGCUGAGCACCACUGGAAAACUACAGAACAAAAGAUAGCUUUUGCACUACUGGGUUCAUCUUUUGAAUUUUUUCAAUUAUGUUUUUCGCAUUGUAGGAGUUUGUUUAAAGACAAGAAAUUAGUGCAAUACCUAAAGGAGAGCUCUUUUGAUGCAGUACUUAUGGACCCUUUUGAUGCAUGUGGUUUUAUUGUUGCCAAAUAUUUUUCACUCCCAUCUGUGGUCUUUGGCAGAGGAAUGUUUUGCCAUUAUCUUGAAGAAGCUGCGCAGUGCCCAGCUCCUCUGUCUUAUAUUCCCAGAGGUCUGAGUUUCUCAGAUGCCAUGAGUUUUGGACAGAGAAUUUGGAACCAUAUCUCCUACUUGGAGGAGCGUUUAGUUUGCCCCUAUUUUUUUAAAACAGUGCUAGACAUUGCCUCUGAAAUUCUCCCAACACCCGUCACCACGUAUGACCUCUUCAGCCACACGUCAAUUUGGUUGUUACGCACAGACUUUGUCUUCGACUAUCCCAGACCUGUGAUGCCCAACAUGGUCUUUGUUGGUGGAAUCAACUGCCAUCAGGGAAAGCCUCUGUCUAAGGUAUGUUCUCUCACCAUGGCAUAUUAAGAAAAUCCAGCCAAAAUAUAAAAAUUUUUCUAACUCCCAUUAGUUGUUUCUGUUCAUCACAUUUCAGAUUUC